CCGCCACCACCAACGCCUCCUCUCCCCCUCGCCUCCGCCGCAAAACCCUAGCGCCAAACCCCUCUCCUCCGCCACCGUCGCCAUGUUCACCGGCGGCCAGAGCUACGUCUCCGCGCCGCCGGCCUUCUCCGCCGACGGGCGGCUCCUCCUCGUCUGCACGGGCCGCACCGUCUCCGUCUUCAGCGCCUCCACCUGCAUGCUGGUGUCGGAGCUGGAGGGGCACGAGGGGGACGUCACGGCGGUGGUGCUGGCGCCGUCGCCGGCGGGGGCGGCGGCGGCCAAGCUCGCGAGAUACUGCUGGACGGCGGGGCUUGAUGGGGCGCUGAUUUACUGGGACUUCGCGGCGGCGGAGCUGGUGCGGAAGGUCCAGGUCGGCCUCCCCGUGCACUCCAUGGCCAUUCCUAACAUAACCAGAGGAUCGAAAGGAGUUGACAUUUACACACCGUUUGCAUUCGUCUCGGUGGAGGACACAAGUAAGCCAUCUAAUGAGACGAAAGCAUUGCGCGGGCAGUUGAAAAUCGUUGACUUAACCAAAGGGCGUGAAGUGGGUAGUCUUCUGGCUGAGACUCGUAAACCAGAAAAGAUUGUUGCAAGUAGCUCUGGUGAAUUUUUGGGCAUUCCAAAUAAGACAAAGCUCCAUGUAUGGAGGAUACCAUUGAAAGAUUUCAAGCCUGACAAAAUAAGGAAGAUAAAGCUUCACCACACAAAAAAAUUGAAUACGCUGGCCUUUCAUCCAAGUGAGAGAAUUGUGGCUGGUGGUGAUGUAACUGGUAGAAUAUCGAUCUGGAGAGGUUUUGGAAAUGCAAAAUUUUCUGGAUCACACGGUGCAAGAUCUAAUGAAGAUGAAGACAGGAAUGAUGUGAGGGGUAACAGUGAUGCAGAUUCUUGCACCACAUGGCAUUGGCAUUCAGGCGGAGUGAAGUUUCUCAAAUUUUCUACUGAUGGGGCUUACUUGUUCUCAGGUGGUAUGGAGGGGGUUAUUGUUGUAUGGCAACUAGAUACUGGAAAGAGAAGGUAUAAACCACGUCUAGGGUCUCCUCUUUUGUCCUUUGUAGAUUCUCCGGACUCUUCCAUUGCCUGUGUGUCAUGUAUGAAUAACCAAGUCCAUCUUCUUAAAAUGCCCAAUAUGGAGGUCAUGAGAUCUAUUGCUGGAAUUAAGCUACCUAUCUCUUCCCUGAGCUUGGAUGGAUGUUAUCGAGGAUUGUAUGGAUUUGAUUACAGUAACAAACUUGUUGCUGUGCCAACAGAAGAUUAUUGCAUACAGUUCUACGAUUUGUUUGAGAACACCGAAGUUUCUGAGGUUCAAGUUUGUGAGAGGAACUUUCAGCCUGUUGAUGAUAUCACAAUGUAUAUUUCUUUAGUUUCACUGUCCAUCGAUGGUAAUUUUAUGUGCACCGUUGAUGUCAAGCUUCCUGAAGAAGAAUUAGGUGGACUUAUUACACUGAAAUUUUGGAACCAAGGGUCGCGUGCUGGAGAAUAUUUUUUGUCUACUGUCAUUUAUGAGCCACACAGUGAUGCUGGAAUAUCUGCUAUUGCUUUCCGCCCUGGCAAAAACAUGGCUGUGAGCACUUCUUUAGGUGGCAACUUCAAGGUUUGGGUUCAAAGUAUGCUUUCACAACCAAGUGAUGAAAAAGAACAAUCUGGUUGGAGAUGCCAAUCAGUCGGCUCAUACAGGAAUAAACCUAUGACAGCAGCAACUUUCUCAAGCGAUGGAUCUGUUCUUGCGGUUGCAGCUGAGAGUGUUAUCACAUUGUGGGAUCCUGAUAAUAACGCGCUUGUUGGUGUGAUUGCAGAGGCACUAUCGCCCAUCACAAAACUUUCAUUUGUUGGGACAUCACAGUUUUUGAUGUCUAUAUCUCAGAGCUCCAAACCACAGGUUGCUGUGUGGAAUGUUCCAAAUCUUUCCAUGCAAUGGUCUUACAGCCUCUUUGCUGAAGCUGCAUGUUGUUCGUCAAGUGGAAGUGAGUUUGCAGUUCUUGGUCUUCUAAGUUGUCCUGAUGGAGGAACACUGGCUGAGCAAGAUGGAGUGAUACUACUUUUCGAUGCUGAAAAUUUGAAGCCUGUAUCUUCCUGGUCAGUAAAGAAGGCAAGGGGAGGCAGUGUUGCUUUUUUGAAGGGCGAUUCCUCUUUGGAUGCAAACACCAAAGACAUGAUAGAUGGAGAGGCAUCAUUGCUGGUUUAUAUAAAUGGUUCUCAUGAAUAUGUUAUAUUUGAUCCCCGAAGCAAUGAGGAGUUGCACAUUGGCAAGAGCGCACACAGAAAUAUUCAAACUGAGGAACUUGCACCAAUUGGUUAUGCUUCUAUUUUUGGAGAACUUCCAAAACUGGAGUCAAAGAAAGAUGUUCCAGAAAUUCCAUUUAUCCCGUCAGAGAGACCUUGGGAGACUAUAUUCAAUGGAUCAUCUCAUGUUCUUCCACCUCUCACAAAAUUAUGUCCUGCUUUCUUGGCAUCAUUGCUUGAGAAGCGACCAGUUGCAAAUGAGUGAGAACCGAUAAGCACCCAAAGUUUCGUCCUGUCAUACAUGGUAACAAGGCCUGCACAUGGAGAAAUCCAUUCUGACAUGUGCUACCAGAAGCUCCUCUAAUACUGCUUGAGCUGUUUGUGGUCAUUAUGAUUUGUCAGCUCACAGGAGCGGUGGUGCACGAGGGUGAAUUGGCGAUAGCAACAGGUGGGUGACAAAUGGACCCUACCUCUUUUUGUAGGUGAUAUCUAGUGAUUGUCUAUCUACAGAUCCUACCAAUUUUGUUUCCAUAGAUCAAUCUGUACUCUGAUAGCUAAUGUAACUCUGAUAGUUAAUAUGAGCUCUUUUGGUGAAAAAUAUGAUGUGAUGAUAUCCCAUAACAUGGUACUGGUUGCUACGCUACCAACAACGGAGUGUGUAAACUGAAAAGUCGAUGUUUAUUUCAGAGUUUCAGUAGUCUGUUACUUUCAUGCAUGAAAGGCAUUUAUUUCCCUUGUAGAACUCCAUAACAA